AUGGUCAACGUUCGAUCAUAUAUCAUCGGGCUGUCCCUGUCCAUGUUAUGGGGUACCACAAUAGGGGCUCCUGUGACCGAGCCUCAAGGCAACAUCGAUGCCCCUGAUACACUCCUAGAAGAGUUCGAACUUGAAUUCGACAGCACCCUAAACAGCCAAGAGAUCGAGGAGCUCAAAAAGCAAGUCAAAGAGUUCUACAGCGGGAAAGGUGAAGUUUUCAAUGGGACCGUGGACCUCAGUCUGGAGAAGCGUGCUACGGGUGCACAGAACGACCCUAAGCCGAUUACUGUGAAUGUGGCAGCCUGGCAGAACAUUGCUGAGAUGAACUGCUAUGUGAUUCUUUGCAAUUACAACGGCAACCUUGUCUGGCAAAGAAACCCAACAGCAGCCACAGCAGCGACCCACCGCUCAGACGCCGGCACCAACCUGCGCCCCUUUCAACCGGGCCAGCUAGGAACGCGCGGGACCCAGCAAAUCACGACCGACACCAUCAGCGCGGAGGAGUUCCCAUGGGCGAGCAUUAACCAAGGCGGGGUGGGCGCGCAUCUCAUGCCCGCCACCAUCGCAGAGCAGAACGCGCAAAAAUCCUGGAUCAGCGCGGCGUACAGCUCGGGAUACGUGGGCUGGAGCGAGUGGUUCAAGCUCAGCUUUAGUAACUACGACGCGACGAAGAUCUACUGCCCUGCACUGUUCGGACAAACGCCCCCGGAUACUUCAGUCUGUGGGAAGAAAAAGAAGUCGAACCUCUAUGGCAAGUCGAUCUACCCUGGGCUGUAUAACUAUAUUAAGAACGCGGGUACGUUGCCCGUUACAUUUAAGCAGAUUGGGUGA